UAUUAAUAAACAAAAACAAAAAAGUGGACCGGUAAGUGAAAAAAAUAACCAUAAAUUGAUUUCUUAAAAUCGUACAACUGACGUUCUCUGAUAUUCCAAACAAUCAAUUUAUCGAUGUUCUCCUAUCAUCACUCCUUCUAUUCUUAUAAUGCAUAAUGUAAAAAUCUGAACUUCGUGGAAGGGUUGAAACUAAACUACUUUUAUUCUCCCUUCCGACGGAAGAAAUCAGAAAUUAAGCGCAAGCGCAAUGUUAUUUUUCUUUUGAACUAUUAUUACCAUCCUUUCUAGUAUCAGACAAGCCAUCGAGAUGGAAAAAUCAAAAGACAAGGCCAAUCAGAAAUUCUACUUGACAGACUAUGAAUACCAGAAGAACGUGAAUCUGAGCAUUCAAUAUAAUCGUUGGCUGUUAAAACCAAUGGGUCUUUGGCCGAAUUCGUAUACAUCAAAAGAUUAUCCGUAUUGGCUCAUAAAUAUCGUCUGUUACUGCUUAAUCAGUUUCCUCUUCAUCCCUUGCACGUUAUAUCUGUUCCUUGAAAUUGAAGAUUUUUACGGGAAACUGAAACAAUUCGGUCCUUUGAUCUUCUGCAUGAUGGCAUUCGUAAAAUAUUAUUAUCUAAUUUUCCACAAAACCGAUAUCCGGGAAUGCGUGGAAAGGAUCAAGUGGGAUUGGAGGAACAUCACGUACGCGAAAGAUAGAGAGAUCAUGAUAAUGUACGCGAAUUUCGGACGAAAAUUGGUGAUGGUUUGCACGUUUUUCAUGUACAGUGGAUUUGCCUUUUAUUACAUAGCUAUACCGAUCAGCGUUGGCAGAGUCAAAACCGAUAAUCUCACCUUCGUCCCUUUGGUGUUCCCUUUCUCGAGAUUCAUCGUCGAUACUCGUUACAGUCCUACCAACGAAAUUGUAUUUUCCAUCCAAUUGAUGGCCGGCGCUCUUAUGCAUGGAAUCACAUCGGCUGCUUGCAGCUUAGUGGCUACAUUCGCGGUUCACGCUUGCGGCCAGAUGCAGGUGUUGAUGAACUGGUUGCAACAUUUGAUAGACGGCCGAUUGGACAUGGACGAGCGCUUGGAUGGUAGAAUCGCGGACGUCAUACGCCAACAUGUUCGAGUCCUAAAAUUUUUGGCGCUUACCGAAAAAACUCUGCAGCAAAUUUCUUUUACCGAAUUUUUGGGUUGUACGCUAGAUAUAUGUCUCGUUGGAUAUUAUGUUAUUAUGGAAUCGAAAUCGAAUGAUGUCACGAGCGUAAUAACUUACAUAAUUUUACUUAUAUCACUUACGUUCAAUAUUUUUAUAUUUUGUUAUAUAGGCGAGAUCGUUGCCGAAGAGUGUAGGAAAAUUGGCGAGAUAUCGUACAUGAUCGAAUGGUACCGAUUGAUGGGAAACAAAAAGCUUUUUUGCAUUUUAAUCAUCGCAAUGUCUAAUUCCUCGAUAAAAUUGACAGCUGGAAAUAUCGUGAAUUUAUCUAUCAGCACGUUUACCGAUGUGGUUAAGACAGCUGUUACUUAUUUAAACGUACUUCAAAAAACAACUUGAAAAUUUCUAAGUAUAGAUGUUUUUUCAUAUUCGUUGAUGUGUGUGUUUAAAAAAUCUUUGCCGUUAUAUACUCGUUUUAUAUGUGUCUUUUUAUACAUGUUGUUUCAAAUAAUGAGUGAUUGUUAAUUGUCUUGAAUGUUGAAAAUUUUUUCUAUAAUAUAAAGGGAUAUAAAAAAUCAUGUUUUAUAAUGUUAAUGAAUAAAAAAAUUUUGCAGACAAAUUUGCUAAAACUUACCAUUUCAUUUCAUGUAAAGAAUAAUAAAAUAGAGAAUAUUUCCAAAAUAAUAGAAAACUUUAAAAACUAUUAUCUGAAUUUA